CUUUAAACAGCUUUGUGAAAAUGGCGGAUUCUGUAAUGCUGCAAUCAGCAGUACGCCUGCCGACUCCCCCUCCGGGAACCUCCUACGCGCCACAAGCUGUAUCGUCUCGAAAACGUUCGCCAUCGUCGCGUUCGCCUUCACCAGACCGCCGACGCCCUGCCCCCCACGAUUCUUCUCGAAAUGGCCCCCAAACUGAUCUCGACCGCGAAACUGAAAGGGAUCGUCAACUGGCCGAGAGAUUCCGUCAGUUUAAGAAGCCCGAUGGCCGCUUGAAGCCUCUCACGGAUGAGGAAAAACAAGCUGCGGCAAAAGCUGAAUAUGAGAAGUUACUGAACAUGCGCUCUGGAGGCACAUAUAUACCUCCUGCGAAACUUCGCGCUCUGCAGGCGCAGAUAACCGAUAAAUCGAGCAAAGAGUACCAGCGGAUGGCUUGGGAGGCCCUAAAGAAAUCCAUUAAUGGGUUGAUCAACAAAGUCAACAUCUCUAACAUCAAAUACAUCGUUCCAGAGCUUUUUGGAGAAAAUCUUGUUCGUGGCAGGGGUCUCUUUUGCCGAAGUAUAAUGAAAGCGCAGGCUGCCAGUUUGCCCUUCACGCCGAUUUAUGCUGCUAUGGCGGCUAUCGUUAACACCAAACUACCGCAGGUCGGACAGCUAUUGCUUACCCGGUUGAUUGUCCAGUUUCGUAAAGCGUUCAAGCGAAACGACAAGGCUGUGUGCAUUUCCUCAACGACUUUUAUCGCUCAUCUAUGCAACCACCAGGUUGCCCACGAGAUCAUCGCUGCGGAAAUCUUAUUUCGCCUUCUUCAUAAACCUACCGAUGAUAGCGUGGAAAUUGCUGUCGGCCUUACCAGAGAGGUUGGACAGCAUUUGGAGGAAAUGAAUCAAGCCAUUGCUCUCGCGGUGUUUGACCAGUUCAGGCAUAUCCUUCACGAAGCGGACAUCGACAAGCGUGUGCAGUAUAUGAUUGAGGUUCUAUUCCAAGUCCGAAAGGAUCGUUUUAAGGAUAACCCUGCCAUCAAGGAUGAACUUGACCUUGUGGAAGAGGAGGAUCAGAUUACACAUUGUCUUGGUCUUGAUGAUGAGCUCGAGGUCCAAGAUGGUCUCAACGUAUUCAAAUUUGACCCACAGUGGGAGGAGCACGAGGAGGCAUAUAAGAAGCUUAAAGCCGAAAUAUUAGGAGAAGGAAGCGAUGACGAGGAAGAAGAUGGAUCCGACAUAACAUCGGAUGAAGAUGAGGAGGAUGAGGAAGAGCGACAAAUGGACAUUAAAGAUCAGAGCAACACCGACCUGGUCAACCUACGACGAACCAUUUAUCUUACUAUCAUGUCCAGCAUCGACUUUGAAGAAUGCUGUCACAAGCUCAUGAAAAUCAAUCUACCGCCCGGCCAAGAAUCUGAGCUGCCUUCUAUGAUUGUCGAAUGUUGCUCUCAGGAACGGACAUAUUCUAAAUUCUACGGACUCAUUGGAGAGCGCUUUGCGAAGCUCAAUCGCCUAUGGGCUGACCUUUUCGAAGCAGCUUUUGCGAAAUACUAUGACACAAUCCAUCGUUAUGAAACGAAUCGUCUGAGAAAUAUUGCCAGGUUCUUUGGGCACAUGCUUAGCUCUGAUGCGAUUGGGUGGCACGUUCUUUCCGUCAUCCAUCUGAAUGAGGAAGAGACUACGUCAAGUAGUCGUAUAUUCAUCAAGAUCCUAUUCCAGGAUCUUGCCGAAGUACUGGGGAUGCCAAAGCUCCUAGAACGGCUGAAGGAUAACAUACUUCGACCAAGCUUUGAAGGUAUAUUCCCAACUGACAAUCCUCGCAACACUCGGUUCUCCAUCAACUACUUCACCAGUAUUGGAAUGGGUGUUCUCACAGAGGAAAUGCGUGAACACCUUAAAAAUCUUCCGAAACCGACUUUGCCAGCUUUGCCGGCUCCUGCAGACGAAUCCGAAUCCGAAUCUGUGAGCUCAUACUCAAGUUAUUCAUCAUAUACCGGAUCCUCUCGCUCUCGUUCCUACUCUCGGUCUCCGUCUCCUCGACGCAAUCGGGACGAGUCUCGAGGACGUCACAGAUCCUAUACACCAAGAUCACGGAGUACGAGUCGAAGCCGAAGUUAUAGUACGUCGCGUUCCCGCUCUCCACCAGGACGUCGGGGUAGACCGUUGUCAUAUUCUCGAUCCCCAUCUCCCCCAGGAAGAAGAGCCAGGUCUAUCUCGUCUUCUGUUUCGCGCAGGUACACUUCCAGCAGGUCACCUUCGCCAAGUAGGUCGCCCCUCCAACGGCGAAGUGCCAGGCGUUCCUUAUCUCGUUCCCUGACUCCGCCACGUCGGCGAGGAGCGAGCCCUGUUCCCGCUCCACGUUCCAACAGACGCCGAUACAGUCCAUCGCGGUCGCGUUCCCCUUACCGUCGACGUAGCUCUAUGGGAAGGGACAGCUAUUCCAGAUCCCCUUCCCCUGAUAGAGGACCCAAGCGUAGGGUCCGUUCACAAUCCCGGUCCGUAACUCCACCUCGUUAUCGCGAAGAUAGUAGGCCUCGAGGAACCAGGCGCCCUUCGCUUUCGCCUUCGCGCUCGCCCUCGCCCUACACAAGACGUCGACAAAUGAAGAGAUAUCCUCGUUCAUUUUCUCGGUCACUGUCUCGGUCAAGAACACCCCCACCGCGAGCCAAUCGUCGUUCUAGUCCUGGCCGAAGAAGAGACCGAUCUCGAUCCAGAUCAGCAUUGCCCACUCGAGGACGUGCUCGAGCUUCAGACUUUCUAUGAUGCCAGUUAGGGAUAUCGGGUUCCCUUUUGUUUUAAUGAUUACUCUCUUGCUACAGCCUUCAUACCAUAGUUCUGCAAUGGCAAUUAGCUCUACUAUCACUAGGUAAUUUGUUUUAGUCCAUCUCGCUCUUCCUGUCUUGGGGUCUUUUGCGCUUGCUAAAGUUUCAGCGGAGUUUUGUGAGCUGUAUCAAUGCAUCCUUUGAUUCCAUGCAGCAUUUGUAGGUCUAUGUAUUAAGGGACAAUUUAAAUCCAUUUCCUUGGCUUCUAUUA